AUGAGGAGAAUAAGCGCGACCGUGGCAACAUUUCUAGGGUUGCUAGUGAUAAUUCUGGCCCUCGACAUUGAUCUAGCAGUAUACUCGACGGAUUUGACCUUGGUUCAAGGCCUAAAGGGCUGGGCAUGGGCUAUCAAGCUGAAGACCUCGGCCUCGCCAUCGUCGGACAUCCACGGAUCACCGGUCGCCUGCGACCGAUCUCAUCCCUCCUACGAUCUGUGCACCAUCGACGGCCCUGCUUUGGUCGACCCCGCGACCACGACGAUCUCUUCCCUGGACCGGGCCUCGCCGCCGCAAGCCCCGAUGAAGACCCGCCCUUACACGCGGAAGAGGGACCUGCGUGCGCUCUCGCGGGUGAAAGAGCUGACCAUAGCCUCCUCGCCCCCGCCCAACGCCACGUGCGGCGGCGUCACGCAGGCCGCCCCCGCCCUCGUGUUCAGCGCCGGCGGCUACACCGGCAAUUUCUUCCACGAGUUCGACGACGGCCUCGUCCCGCUCUUCAUCACCGUCGAGUCCAUAUUUCCUGACCACAACGUCACCCUCGCGGUCGUCGAUUGUGGUGACCGGUGGCUCCGCAAGUACGCCGACGUGCUCUCCCACCUCAGCCACCGCCCCAUCAUCAACCUUGACAGGCAGAAGGAGACUCUCUGCUUCCCGUCCAUCACCGUCGGGCUGAUCAAGCACGGCCCGAUGACUAUCAAUCCCAAGCUGCUUCCGCAUCCAAAGAGCCUAAGUGAUUUCGCCUCCUUCCUCCACGGCGUCUACUGCGGAGGCGGCCGCGCGGCGGCUCCUCCACCGAGUCCGGAAGCCCGAGGGAGGCCGCGGCUGGUGUUGGUGAGCCGGCCGAGGAGCGCCGGCCGUGCAUUCCUGAACCAGGCAGAGCUGGAGGCCCUCGCGGAGAGCAUCGGGUUCGAGGUGCGGCGGUUCGCGCCGACGCUAGACAUGCGGCUGGCGGAGUCGUACAGGUUGGUGCAGGGGAGCCACGCCAUGGUCGGGGUGCACGGGGCGGCGAUGACGCACGCGGUGUUCUUGCGGCCGGGGUCGGUGCUGCUGCAGGUGGUGCCGGUGGGGACGGAGUGGCUGUCGGAGGCCUACUUCGGGAGGCCGGCGGGGGAGCUGGGGCUGGAAUACGUGGAGUACAGGAUCGAGGCGAACGAGAGCAGCCUGGCGGAGAAGUACGGCGUGGACAGCGCGGUGCUGAAGAAUCCGAGGGCGGUGGUGGGAGGGGAGUGGGAGAAGAUGAGCUUGUAUCUGAAGACGCAGAACGUGAGGCUGGACAUGGGGAGGUUUAGGGCGUCCCUAGAGAGGUCUUACGUCAAGGCCAAGGCGUUCAUGGAGAUAGCACGUGAUUGA